AUGGCCAAGAUUUCAUCAAAUUGUGCCGCCAUUAACGAGCAAAAUGGCGAUAAUAAUCGUAACAAGAAGAUGAACAUUUUUGCUGUAGUCGAACCGUACGAAGAAUUUUCUGCCGAUAGACAAGUUUUCUUGGCCAAAUUACUCACUGAGUUUCAUGAUCAUCUCACGGAAAGAGCUUCUCAUUUUUUAGGUUAUCAUGUGAAUGUUCGUUGCAACCACUUAACGGCUUUAUCUCCACUGCUAAAAUUCCACAUAAAUAACGUUGGUGACCCGUUCAAAGACAGCAACUUAGGCAUGCAUUCGAAAGAAUUUGAGGUGGCGGUUUUAGAUUGGUUCGGAAAACUUUGGGAGAUCGAAAAAAACGAGUCUUGGGGUUAUGUCACUAAUGGUGGAACCGAAGGCAAUUUCCAUGGCCUAUUGCUUGGGAGAGAGUUACUUUCAGAUGGGAUUUUGUAUACAUCAAGAGAAUCACACUACUCCAUAUUCAAAAUAGCAAGAAUCUGCAGAAUAGAGUGUAAGAUAAUUAACACGUUAACGACUGGCGAAAUCGACUGCAAUGAGCUAAGGGAACAACUUAAUCUCAACAAGGAUAAACCGGCCAUUGUGAAUGCUAAUAUAGGGACUACUUUUAAAGGAGGUGUCGAUAACCUCGACCUUGUGAUAAAAACCUUGGAGGAUUGUGGAUUUUCGGAAGAUAGAUUUUAUAUACAUUGUGAUGCUGCAUUGUAUGGACUCGUAUCUCCUUUUCUUCAACAGGGACCAAUGUUUAGUUUCAAGAAGCCCAUCGGAAGUGUUAGUGUGUCGGCCCACAAACUAUUGGGCUCUCCAAUGGCAAGCGGUGUCCACAUGACUAGAAAGAAGUACAUAAAAGUAAUCUCUAAAAGCAUAGAAUACAUUGAAACCAUCGAUAACACAUUAUCCGGAAGUCGAAAUGGCCACACACCGAUUUUCAUUUGGUACACCUUAAACACGAAAGGUCGUUCGGGUAUUCAAGGAGAAGUUGACAAGUGUUUGAUGAAAGCUCGGUAUUUGAGAGAUCGACUCAAAAGGGAAGGGAUUAGUUGCAUGCUCAACGAGCCCGGUUUAGUGGUUGUUUUUGAGAGGCCAUUGAGCUUUGAGUUCGUUAAAAAAUGGCAACUUUCGACUCAAGGUGACAUGGCGCAUGUUGUCGUGAUGCCACAUGUCAGUUUCGAGAUGUUGGACGAUUUUGUGAACUGUUUUGUUCGAGAGAGAUGUGUUUGGUACGACUCGAAUAAUCGAGUCGAGCCGAGCUGCCUUGCAGAGGAUAUAGGGGUUUCUAAUUGUGCUUGCUCGGUGCAUGGCAAAGGGUUCACUACAUAUGUGGAACGAGUUUAUGAUGAAAUGACUAGUUUUGAUAAUGUCGAUAGAUAG